GUACAGUAUACCUGGCUGGAGCUACCGCAAGCACCGGAUUGCAGCGCUUGAUUAUUCCUCCCCAGCACCUGUGACCAGCACUAAGGGAGGCUCUCCCAUUCAGGCUGCAUUGGUUUCGGUGGAAGGGGGUGGGUGCAUAGCAGCCAGGUGUAACCAGAGAACCAAACUCGACCUUGUUUGUGAUUCAGGGAGGGACCCGUCCGACCGGUCUGACCUGGUGGUUAUAAGGCGGAGGAAGUGAUUUCGGGCGAGGAGGGCUGCUGAGCGGACUCAAGGAUCAGACCCGAAAGGACAUCAAGGCCGAGGUUGUCCCCAGCGAAGAGGAUGCAGAUCUCCGCAGCGCUGAGACUGGGAGCGGUGCUGGUGGUGUGCCUCCUGCACACAGCACAGGCGCAGGACCCAGGUUGCAAAUGUCUCACCUAUUACCUAGGGAAGUGUGACGCAGCUGGUGGAAAUGCACAGGCCUGCACUUGUAAUAUUGGAGUUGGUAGAGAUACACAAGCGGUGGACUGUACUAAAUUGAUUCCAAAAUGCUGGUUAAUGAAGAUUGAAAGUCUUGGAACAAAAGUUGGCCGAAGGCCAAAGCCUCCUAAUGCUCUGGUUGACAAUGAUGGCCUGUACAACCCGGACUGUGAAUCUGAUGGGACCUUCAAAGCUCGACAGUGCAAUGGCACAGACACUUGCUGGUGUGUCAACUCUGCUGGAGUUAGAAGAACUGAUAAAGGAGAUGCUCAAAGCAUGAAGUGUCCUGAGCUUGUUAGGACUUUCUGGGUGGUGGUUCAGAUGAAGCUCAAUGACACAUUUAGUGGAUCCCUAUCAGACCUCCAAGCGGCAAUCACCAACCUAAUUACAAGCCGGUACAAUCUCUCUAAAGAUUCUGUUGCUAAUAUUGAGCUUGAAAAUCCUUAUGUCUACAUCGAUUUGAAGCAAAAUUCUUCAGCGAAAUCACCAGGUGUCGUGGACAUUACAGAUGUUGGCUACUACAUGGAAAAAGAUAUUAAGGGAGAUAACCUCAUGCAAGCUGACCAGAGGUUUGACUUGUCGGUCAAUGGCAGAAGCCUUGGUGUUCAAGAGCCGCUAAUCCUCUAUAUUGAUGAGAAGCCUCAUGAAAUAUCUAUGAAGCGCUUGACCGCUGGUGUGAUCGCAGUCAUAGUUGUGGUGGUUGUGGCAAUUGUUGCAGGAAUAGUUGUGUUGGUUUUAACACGAAGAAAGCGGGGCCGUUAUGAAAAAGCGGAGAUGAAGGAGAUGAAUGAAAUGCAGAAAGAACUCAACUCUUAGAUAUUCUGAAAGCGGCUCUUCCAACCACGCAAAGCUCCCAUGUGAAUGAUGUCAAGUAAUCCUGUACUUGAUCAGUUAGGACAUGGUACCAUCUAACUAAAACCAUGCUUAGAACAUGUCUUGGAUGGAGAAAUGUUGUAACAUAUUUAUAUUGGGUGUCUCCCCCGCAGCACCUAUUUCUACAGUGUAUACGUUGUGAAUUUUUAUUUUGUGGUAAGAUCCUGUAAGUCUGAAUUUGUUUUUUAAAUAAGCGGGACAUUGUGAUACUGCGAGAUGGUGGUACUUUGAUAGACCAAGGUUUUUUUUUUACCUUUUCAGUCUAUUGGCUGGGGAUGUUCUGGUGCCAGUCUUUGUGUGGGAGGGGAUAAGUAACAUGCCUUGUUUAAAAAUGUUUUUAUGUAAAUAUUCUGUAAUGAAGACUUUUUUAUGUAAAAAAACAAUUCAAUAAAGUUGAAUAAAAUAUAAA